AUGACUUCGUCCUACAAUCUGGAUUUUCUUCCUGAUAUGAUGGUGGAGGGCCGACUGUUGUCUCCGGGUGACAGGAUUAACGGCACAGGAGGGAAAAUGAAUGGGGCACUGGAGCACUCAGACCAGCCGGAUCCAGAUGCCAUUAAGAUGUUCGUGGGUCAGAUCCCACGCUCCUGGUCAGAGAAGGAGCUGAAGGAACUGUUUGAGCCGUACGGAGCAGUCUACCAGAUCAACAUCCUCCGAGACCGCAGCCAGAACCCUCCGCAGAGCAAAGGAUGCUGUUUUGUUACAUUUUACACAAGGAAAGCCGCUCUGGAGGCCCAGAACGCACUGCACAACAUAAAGACCUUAACUGGGAUGCACCAUCCUAUUCAGAUGAAGCCUGCAGACAGUGAGAAAUCUAAUGCGGUGGAGGACAGAAAACUCUUCAUCGGCAUGGUGUCUAAGAAGUGCAAUGAGAAUGACAUCAGGGUGAUGUUUUCCACUUUCGGUCAGAUCGAGGAAUGCCGUAUCCUCCGUGGACCUGAUGGCCUCAGUCGAGGAUGUGCGUUUGUCACGUUUUCUACCAGAGCUAUGGCACAGAAUGCAAUCAAAACCAUGCAUCAGUCUCAGACCAUGGAGGGUUGCUCCUCUCCCAUGGUGGUGAAGUUUGCUGACACGCAGAAGGACAAGGAGCAGCGGCGGCUGCAGCAGCAGCUGGCACAGCAGAUGCAGCAGCUGAACAGCGCCUCUGCCUGGGGCAGUCUGACGGGCCUGACCGGUCUCACCCCGCAGUAUCUGGCAUUGCUGCAACAAGCAACCUCUUCCAGUAACCUGGGAGCCUUCAGUGGGAUACAGCAGAUGGCUGGUAUGAAUGCUCUGCAGUUGCAGAAUCUGGCCACUCUUGCAGCUGCGGCUGCCGCAGCCCAAAGCUCGGCCAGUCCGUCCACCGCUAGCGCCCUGACCUCCAGCACAGGGUCACUGGGAGCCCUGGCCAGCCCAGCAGCUGGUUCCACAGCUAACUCCAGUGCAGGAGCGAUGAGUUCUCUGAGUUCUCUGGGUACUCUACAGGGUCUGGCUGGAGCCACAGUGGGACUCAAUAAUAUAAAUGCACUAGCAGGUAGCGUCAACAGUGAUAGAGCUAAACGCCUUCUCCUGUCAAAAAAUCAGAAUGGUAUGGCUGCGCUGAACGGCGGACUGGGCAGUACGGGGCUGACCAACGGCUCAGCCGGGCCCAUGGAUGCACUGACCCAGGCCUACUCAGGGAUCCAACAGUACGCAGCGGCCGCACUGCCCACGCUCUACAGCCAGUCCCUACUGCAGCAACAGAGCGCUGCCGGCAGCCAGAAAGAGGGACCAGAAGGUGCCAACUUGUUUAUUUACCACCUGCCACAGGAGUUUGGGGACCAGGAUAUCCUCCAGAUGUUUAUGCCUUUUGGCAAUGUCGUCUCUGCCAAAGUCUUCAUUGACAAACAGACCAAUCUGAGCAAGUGCUUUGGUUUCGUCAGUUAUGACAAUCCGGUGUCCGCACAGGCUGCCAUUCAGGCCAUGAAUGGCUUUCAGAUUGGCAUGAAACGCCUGAAGGUUCAGCUCAAACGCUCAAAGAACGACAGCAAACCAUACUGA